GAGACUAGUCACCAGGCACUCCAGAGCAUGCCCAGAGUUCUGCGGGAGGUGGAAGCCUUAAAGCAGGAGGCAACUUUCCUGAAGGAGCAAAUGGUCCUGGUCAGGGAAGAUAUUAAGAAGUUGGAGCAGGACACGGCUCAGUCGAUGCAGGUCUUGGUCCAGCUGGAUCAUGUGAAGUCCAGGAUGCAGCUGGCUGCUGACUCGCUCCAGGAGGCCGACAAAUGGAGCACUCUCAGCGCUGACAUUGAGGAGACCUUUAAAACCCAGGAUGUCUCUGUGAUCUCAGCCAAGCUGACAAGCAUGCAGACCAGCCUGGCUGUGCUGGUGGACACGCCAGACUACUCAGAAAAGUGUGUGCACUUGGAGGCCCUCAAGAACCGGCUGGAGGCCCUGGCCAGCCCGCAGAUUGUGUCUGCCUUCAGCACCCAGUCCCUUGAUCAGGCCCGAGUCUUUGUGAAAGUCUUCACAGAAAUUGACCGGAUGCCCCAGCUUCUGGCCUACUACUACAAAUGCCACAAGGUGCAGCUCAUGGCCACAUGGCAGGACCUGUGCCAGUCUGACUUGCCUCUGGAUCGGCAGCUGACGGAGCUCUAUGACGUGCUGCUGGAGACCUGGCACUCGCAGCUCCAGUGGGCCUCUCAGGUUUUCAAGAACCCCCACCAGGUGGUGGUCGUGCUGCUGAUCCAAGUGCUCGGUGCGCUGGUGCCCCCGAUCCCCGUCUGCCUCAGCACCGCCAUGGAGCAGGUCAGCCCCGAGGACAAGCUCAGCCAGCUGCUGGGGCUGUUCGACGCCACCGUCUUCUUUGCACGCGGCCUGGAAGUUGCGACACGGCCCGGCUUGCGGGAAUGCAGCACCGUGAAGGUGGCAGAGCUGGUGGAAGCGGUUUACGGCCCCUACAAGCCCUUCCAGCUGCAGUACGGAGCCCUGGAGGAAGAGAACCUGCUCAUUCAGAUGAGCGCCGUCCCUUUGGAGCACGGGGAGGUGAUUGACUGCGUCCAGGAGCUCAGCCACUCGGUGAACAAGCUCUUCGGCCUUGCCCUGGCGGCUGUGGACAACUGCCUGCGGCUGACUGACGGGCUGGGUGUAGGCGGACUCCUCAGGGCCUUGCGAGCCCUUUUCAGCAAGUACGCUGCUGACUUCAGCAGCGCCAUACAGGCCAUCAGGAAGAAGUGCAGGCUGGAUGACGUCACUUCCGAGGUGCUCUUCCAAGAGGACUGGACCGCAUUCCAGACUGCAGUCCGAAUCAUCGCCACCUGCGGGGAGCUCCUGCGCCAGUGUGGAGAUUUCGAGCAGCAGCUGGCAAACAGGAUCCUCUCGACCGCGGGAAGGCACCUGUCGGACUCGUACAGCCCCUGCAGCCUGAGCGGCCUCCAGGAGCCCAGCCUGGAGAAGCAGAGUCCUGCCAAGAACCCUUGGCAGGAGUACAACUACCUGCAGCGGGAGAGCCCCGCCGAGUACACCGCCCUGCUGGAGACGCUCUACAACCUCAAGGAGAAGGGGACCAGCCACAACCUGCUCUUGUCCUCUCGAUCAGCCCUGGUGCGCCUCAACCAGCUGGCCCAUGAGCUGGCCUUCGACUCCGUCUUCCUUCGCAUCAAGCAGCAGCUCUUGCUCGUGGCCAAGAUGGAGGGCUGGAGCACCAGCAGCAGCGGCGAGAUGCUCAUGGAAGACCUGCCCACCUUCAGCCUCACGCCCUUGGAGUACAUCAGCAACAUUGGCCAGUACAUCAUGUCUCUUCCCCUCCAUCUGGAACCCUUCGUGACCCAGGAGGACUCGGCGCUGGAGCUGGCGCUGCAUGCGGGGAAGCUCCCCUUUCCUCCGGAGCAAGGUGAGGAGCCCCCCGAACUGGACAACAUGGCGGACUACUGGCUGGGCUCCCUGGCCAGGGCCACCAUGCAGACGUACUGCGAGGCCAUCCUCCAGAUCCCGGAGCUCACCCCGCACUCCGCCAAGCAGCUGGCCACGGACAUCGAUUACCUGGUCAACGUCAUGGACGCGCUGGGCCUCCAGCCCUCCAAGGCCCUGCAGAGCACCGUCGCCCUGCUGAAGGCCACGCCCGAGGAGUUCAAGCAGGUGGCCAAGUCCUUUCCGCGGCGCUUGGCUAGCAGCAUCGCCGCCAUGAGGAGCCUGGAAUACUGAAUUCCGAACAAUCGUGCUGAAAAGUCGGUGGCCUCUUGCCGUGGUCUGACGGGAGUGGGCCCGCCCGGGGCAUCUGGCAAUCUCCUGCAGAACUGCCCUGCUCCUCCUGAGGGGGGAGGAGCGGCUCCCUGGAACACAGCAGAGAUGUGGAGGAGGGCUCCCCUGUAACGGGGAGAAAGCCGAGUGCGUGGUGCUCGUGGGCGGCCUUUAAGCAAAUCAAACGCAAUAGAAUAAAAUACACCAACUCAAA